AUGGCAGGGAUGGAUAGCAAAGGCAACAGCAAGAGCAGGAAUUUCCCCUCUCCUCUCUUUCCCACACAUGCUCUCUCUUACCCCUGGCGCCUUUCCCAUGCACCAAACCAUGACAGCAUGGCAGGGGUGGCAGAGGCGACAGAAGCAGGGCGGGAGGUGGGAGUGUGUGUGAUUCCCGGGGUGGAGGUCAGUGCUUACUACGACUGCCACGCACCUAAAAUAACAGGAGGGGGCGCUGCUGCAAACGGGAGUGGAGGAGAUGGGAUGGAAGAAGAGGAGGGAGGGGUAGAGAGUUGUAGAGACGAGGGGGGAGGGAUCGAGAGGGGAGGAGAAGUGAGGAGGAGGGAUGGUGAAGCGGAGGGGGUGAGGGAGGGGAGGGGUGGUCAAGGGGUGCAUGUGCUGGGGUACUUUCCUCCCUUGGGGAUGCGAGAGAGGAAAGGGAGGAAAGGGUGGCAGAGUGUGCGGAGGGGGGGGGAGGGGGAUGGAUGUGGAAGGGAGGAGCGGAGAGAAGGGGAGGAGGAAGGAGAGGAUGGGGAGGAGGGAGAGGAGGGAGGUGAGGGGGAGGGGAAGAAGCAACGAGUCAGUGAUGAUGUGAAUGGAGCAGAGGACGGGGAGGAGCGAGAAGCUAAGUUAGCAUGUCAAGAGGGUACAGAGGGCGCAGCAGAAGGCGCAGCAGAAGGAGCAGGGAGUGUGGUUGGGAGUGCAGGAGGGAAUACGGCAGGUGGGGAGAGCAGUGCAGGAGGGGAGAUCAAGGCAGGAAAUGGACUUGAAAAGCUGGUGGGGGUGUUGGAGGGGAUCAGGGAGGGGCGGCACAGGCGGGCGGCAGGCAUGGUGCAGCGGCUGCAGCAGCUGGGCGUGGCUGUGACUAUGGCGGAUGUGAUUAAGCAACUGGACGAUCCUAAGACAGCACCAGGCAGGGUGCACGUGGCGAGGGCGCUGGUGGCAGUGGGGAAGGAGAGCAGUGAGGGCACCAGCACAUGUAGCGUCCUCUCGAACUUCCCUCGUUCCCUGUCCACACUCCCUCACCAGCAACUGGACGAUCCCAAGACAGCACCAGGCAGGGUGCACGUGGCGAGGGCGCUGGUGGCAGUGCGGGCAGUGGGGGACAUGGAGGAGGCGUUUCAGAAGUACAUUGGGGACCAUGGGCCGGCUUAUGUGAGGUGA